AUGGCCUUAAAUGAACGACUAUAUAGGUUGAUCUUAGAAGAAAUUCGGACGCCUCUCGAGAAGGCGGUCAUUGACGCCCUAUCUUCGUCCCGCCAACAUGGCGGAACAUCCCUGUUGCGCCUCGAGGCUUGCCUUGAUCAUGGAGAUACUAAUACUUUGAUGAAUGCGCCAAAUAAAGCUCAGCGAUUCCCGCUGGCUACCAUUCAAAUUCCGUCGUUCCCAGGGGAUGAGAACGGCGUGGGGACAGAAGAAGAUAGGUCAGACCAGCAGUCCGUUCACAUCGAACAGAGGACCGAGGCUUCCCGCCAUAUUUCGGAGGAUGAUCCUCUCGAGCAUGAUCAUCGUCAUCAUAAGCGCCGGAAGGUUGUCGGGUCCCUGAGAUUAGCCCAUUCUGGACUUUGCACUCAGGAUCCGUCACAUGAAAAGGGCGCAUCGCGGCGCUUGACGAGUAAUGUUCGCCAGUUUCCAAAGCGGAAUGUUCAUACGGUCGCUCCCCAGCAGGAACUCUCUGCAUUCGAUCGACUUCUCAUUGGUAUCUGGAACCAGAUUCAUGGUAACAUUGAAUUGAAUGCUACAGAUAGUGUUGGGUUAUGGUAUGAGAUAACCCGGUCGAAAGCCACAACUGCGAGAGUCAUCGACCACAGUCAUGCUAUAGAUGUUCCUUCCGCGGUUCCGGCGAAUUAUUCUUUCCGAGGAAUGAGUCAAUGCUGUCGACAAAUCACACAAGCUAGUCGCUGCUGCAGAUCGAUGGAGGUAAUUGUUCAAGCUCGAUGGAUACAAUGUUUCGACGAGCAAGUGCAAAGCCUUGCAAGAGAAGACUCCGGCCUAUCACUCACCAAAGCUCGCAUGGUUGCACUUGCGGACGCAAGCAAAGACUUUGGAUGGUCUCUAAAGGAGCUACGGAAUAAAAUGGCAAUCUGGCGCGGCUACGACUCCAUUCGAGAGGUCGGAGGCUGGGUGUCUCUAGUAUUCGCCAGCAUAGGCCUUUAUCGCUUCUGCAAAUAUCGACUGGGAUUUAGCUCCCAGAACAUGACGACACUGAAGCGCCUCCGUAUGCGAUUUGAGGUCGCCGCCGACACCAUCCAUCCUGAAUGGCGUCAGCUGCUGUCCAUCAUCGGGGAGCCGACAUCUUGCGUAUAUACCGGCCAUCCUUGUGACUGGGUCGUCGGUAGAGAUCACUCACCUAUCCCGUUGGGCGAAACGUACGCGCAGUGGACAAAAGAUUUUCAAUUUGAGCACUUGUCAGAAAGUAUCAUCGACGAGCAGGCAUGGGGCUCGACAGAUCCCCGGACAAAAUAUCGUACGGACCAAUACACCUUACCGAGACACUUUCCGUGCGAGAAAUGCGGGUCACUACAAUCCAAUGAUCCAAGCAGAAACGAGUGCCAUUGCUUCCCCACGCUGUUUGGCGGCAUUGCGCGAAAACCAUUCCCGGUCCAAGUUUUCCGCACGGAGAACGGAAGGAACAACGGGCUAAUUGCUUGCUGUCCAUUUGAACGCGGCGCCGCGAUUAGCGAGUUCAUCGGCAUCAUCACCAGUGGCAUCCGCGACCUUGACGUCAUGCAAGCCACCGGAGGGGGCGGCAUGUAUCAAAUCUGGCAAGGCCGCCGAGGGAACUGCACCCGCUUCGUCAACCACUCUUGUCAACCGAAUUCACAGUACGAACGCUUCUCGUGGCUCGGUGUUCAGCGGAUUGUGCUCGUAUCCAAAGGCAUCGCGAUGGGCGAGGAGAUCACGGUCGACUAUUCUAAUGACUACUGGAAUCAUCUGGAUAAGGAAUGCCUGUGUGGCGAGAGCUGUUGCCGGUUCAACAAAAAGGAUGCUACUGCCUCGUUCAGUUAGACGGUGCCGUUGGAGCCGCCAGGAAGGCUUUCAGACUGCCCUCCAGCUAUCCCUCAAGAGGUUCAAGUAGCUUGGACUGAAAAUCUGCAUAAACGAAAGAAGGAAAGAUCGAGGACGAGAGCGAGAACAGUUAUGUAAUUUUACCGAACAACUUAGGAAUUACCUGCAGUACCAUCUAGAGAGCAGGAGAAGGAAGAGCUGCUACAGGAGGGCAGCAAAGAGACUGAUCGGACAGAGCAGCAGCUCUUGUUGGAAGGGAUCCUGCAGCGUGUCUGCCAGUAGCAAUUUGUAUAAACAGAACAGAAGCUACAAAGACAU